AUGGCCGAACCACCGGAUACUAGGCCGUCCCUGCCGCUCAUCGAACGACAAUCAUUAUGUCUCCCCAGCAUCGAGCCCGGCGUGCCCGCACAAUACGGAGAGGAUGGUUUCCUUCAGAACCUUGCGAGGCAUUUCCCUUCCCGGGAGAACAAUGCUCUCGAGAAGCUGGUGCAGCUGAAGCGGGAACUCAAGAUAUCGGACACCGAAUCGUUUUGGAAAAAGCUCAUGGAGGGCAUGACGGAGAUUUGUCAUGCGCAAUACGGCUUCGUCGCAAAGAGGAUAUUGUCCGACGACCACCAUUCAGCGGUAGAAAUGCCUCCGUUUGGCGAGUCAGGUUCAUGUCUUCUGGGCGUCGCUUUCUAUUAUAACGAUGGCGACAAGCAGAAAGCCAUGCACCGCGACUACAAAUAUCUUGCUUGGGGCUCGCCCUGCGCCUAUAUGAAGCACGACAAAGUCUUCCUAAUCCCUGAGCACAUGAGUUCGUUCAUCACUCACAACCCCAAUGCUCUUCCCUUCCCAGCAGAAGGCUAUAUCGGGAUUCCCUUAUUUGCAGACGGGAAGUGUUUUGCCCAUUUUGGCAUGAUGUGGACUCAAGAAGGCUUGGACCGACGAGAGACUACUUGGAGUUACACCGAACUUUUGUUACAUUCGUUGGAAGACAUGAUUGUUGAGCGUCUCCUAAGCGGCCAAGGAUUCGUAAAGCCUCGCAGCCGAAACACCAGCACAGCUCGACUGACCCAUGUUAUCCCGCGUGAAGCAAUUACACCUGGAACCCAAUCUCUGAAGCCAUACGCCAAAAGUCUGUCGCAUGAACUAAGAACACCAAUGCAGGGUGUGGUAGGAAUGCUGGAUGUCAUGCAUGCGACGGUACAAGAACAGAUUGAGGCUGUCUCAGAUGCCUCUCUUCGCCUGGUUUUUCGCAGCCUCAGAGACAACAUCGAGAUCAUCCAAGACAGCGCCAAAAGGGCUGUCGAAGCUGCCGAUAACGUCGUCCAUGCCUACGACAUGAACAUGCAAAUCCCUGACACACCCUCAAAUGAGAACGAAUCACCAGCAACAACGUCCACUGGCUACUUCGAUCACAAACCUGCCAGAUUGAUUGAAGGGAGUGAUAUUCAUUUCAACUCAUACAAGCGCCGCCGAAGUAGUCCAACAACCUGGAACUUUGGUAACGCCACUAAGAUGCGACAGGUUGGACCAUCGACUCGCGUCAAUGUCUCUCCCAAGAGCAACACAAGCAAGAUUCUAGCUCCGCAAGCCUCAUCACUGCAAACGAACCCAUCUGACGACCGCGUUCCCACGAUCGUCACUCCAAUGCAAGAUUGUGUCACACCUGGCAAUCUAAAUCCUUCCAAGCUGUCUCCAACAGAAAGUGACGCGUUCCCAACCCCAGGAUUGAAACACUGCCGGAUUCGAGAGCUGAUACCCAUGGUGAUCUACGAGUCUCUACGUGUCGGAGGUAGACCUGAUUCCGCCAUUGGGGAACCCACCGACUUGGGUGAGAGAAUUGUGGUCAGAUCACGCUCAUCGAAUGGGCACAUUUCCCAGAAGAUCAUUGAAUGGUCGGUGGCUGAUAAUGUCCCCGAGACUCUUUUUGCAGAUGAACGAGACCUGACCAAAUUGGUGUCAGCUGUGUUGCUGAACGCCAUCAAGUUCACAGAAGAGGGCAGCAUUACUUUAAAUGCCCGCCUCUCAAAGAGCCAAAGAUUUCUGGUCAUCAACUGCAAAGACACUGGUGAUGGGAUCCCGGAAGAUUUUCAGCCCGAGUUGUUCAAACCAUUCUCUCGGGAGGAUGACUCGUUGACCCGGUCAAAGGAAGGUCUCGGUCUCGGUCUUCUGGUUGCCAAAGGACUGGCGCGUCGUCUUGGGGGGGAUAUCAUCCUCGUAGCUUCAGAUGUUUCUGGCCCAAACAAGGGUUCUGAAUUCGAGAUCAAGGUGCCUUUUGAACCUAACGAUAGUGCGACAAGUCGUUCUGGUACUCCUCAUAGUAGAACCCCGGAGAUUUCGAAAAGCGGGUCCCAGCCGACUGCCACGUUAGCACCUCCAGAGGUAUCACCAAACGGCCACAAGCAUCCGAGACCAUCGAAGAUAUCCAUGCCAUCUAUGGGAGAGCAUUGCACUCGUGGACCGCAUACUCCGGCUCGGACAACCCCGCUGAAGAAGGAUACGUACGAUCGACAACUAGCGCAGAAGCAUCCUCUUACCUUCUUGGUUGCGGAAGAUAACAAAAUCAACCGAAAAUUACUCGUAAGCAUGCUCGGAAAGCUGGGAUACAAGGACGUGCACGAGGCUUUCGAUGGGAAGGAAGCAGUCAGAAUCAUGCGGGAAAUCCACAAUAGGGGAAGAAGUUGCGGCAAAUUAAACGGGAAACGAGCCGGAAAAAGGGUAGACGUCGUCUUGAUGGACCUCUGGAUGCCCGAAAUGGAUGGUUAUGAGGCAACCGAGCAUAUAUUGGAGAUGUUCCAACAUCCUCAAGACGACAAUGGAGCCGACUGUGGCCGCAUGACGCCACCCAUUGUCCUGGCUGUCAGCGCUGAUGUCACAGACGAGGCCAUCGACCGGGCGACAAAGACGGGAAUGGAAGGAUUCAUGACGAAACCUUACAAACUGGCAGACUUACAGAAAUUGAUUGUUGAAUUUUGCGUCCGAAGCGAUGGCGUGGUUGCUGGCCCAGAUUGA